AGAGCACGAGCACGCCUGACCACGAGAACACACCACGCCCACGUUCGCUGUGACGUUGUAGAGCUCGGGCUGGAUAUAAAUUAGCGCGCCUCCCGCUCGCAGUACUACAGAGAAACACGCUGAGAGCGAAACGGAAGGUUUCCCGAAGUAUUUUUGGAUCGUUUAAAAUUCUUAUUUUUAAAAGUUGGGAUUUUCGUUCUUGGUGAAAGUUGUUCGUGACUGUUUGAACGAGACCUGUCCGGAAGAAGCGAGACGAUGAAGUGCAUUAUAGGAAUUGGCGGGGUGACUAAUGGUGGUAAAACCACUCUGACAAAUAACUUGAUCAAGACUUUGCCCAACUGCUGUGUCGUGCAUCAGGAUGACUUUUUCAAGAAACCCGAUCAGAUAGAAGUCGGGGAGGACGGCUUUAAACAGUGGGAUGUUAUCACGGCGUUGGAUAUGGAGGCCAUGACCAACACGAUAAAAGCCUGGAUUGAGAACCCGGUGAAGUUUGCCAGAUCUCACGGUGUCCCUUUGUCUUCUUCCUCCGAUUUGGCCAACACUGACGAGCAGAUCCACAUCCUGAUUGUGGAGGGCUUCCUGCUCUACAACUACCCGCCCCUGCUGGACGUCUUCGACAAGUGCUACUACAUCUCCAUACCCUACGAGGAGUGCAAGAGGAGAAGAAGUACGAGACAGUACACCGUCCCUGACCCUCCCGGCCUGUUCGAUGGCCACGUGUGGCCCAUGUACCUGAAACACAGGAAACAGAUGGAGGACAGUGGCUUGAAUAUCGUGUACCUCGAUGGCUUGAAAUCCAAACAGGAAAUCUACAGCCAGGUGUAUGAAGACAUUCAGAACAACCUGCUCAAUCGUUUAUAGCAGGAGGACUCGUCUCCACACCUGUACACAAUCUGUAAAUAGACCCAGUGAUUUUUUGUUUUAU